AGAGAGAUCAUAUAGCCCGAGCAGGAAGCUUCCUCUCGGCCAGACCGCCAUGAGCACCGAGCAAACACACCGCGAUGUCCACACCCUCCGACACCGCCAUGAAGACGUCGCCUGUCGGCCAGCAGAGCAACAGGGCAGCCGGUGAUUAGACGCAAGCUGGUAGUCGUCACGCCAUGAAGGAGCUCAAGGGCUGCGGUAUGCGCUCCUCCGUGGGCUUUCUGUCCCGCCGAGAGAUGACCGGACAGCCGCUCAUGAAGGAGGAGUUCCAGAGGCGCAGGCUGGCCGGCUGCUCCAGCCUCUACAAGAAGGACAUGCUGGGACACUUCGGCUGCGUCAACGCCAUCGAGUUCUCCAACAACGGCGGAGAGUGGCUGGUCUCUGGUGGAGAUGACCGUCGGGUGUUGUUGUGGCACAUGGAGCAAGCCGUCCACGCUCGCUCCAAGCCGCUGAAGCUGAAGGGCGAGCAUCUGUCCAACAUCUUCUGCUUGGCCUUUGACAGCACCAACAAGAAGGUCUUCUCCGGAGGAAACGACGAGCAGGUGAUCCUUCACGACGUGGAGCGGAGAGAGACUCUCAACGUAUUCCUGCACAUUGACGCCGUGUACAGUUUGUCCGUCAGUCCCGUCAACGACAACGUCUUCGCCAGCUCGUCUGAUGACGGACGCGUACUCAUCUGGGACACUCGUGAGCCGCCGCACGGAGAGCCCUUCUGCUUGGCCAGCUACCCGUCAGCAUUCCACAGCGUGAUGUUCAACCCCGUGGAGCCCAGGCUGCUGGCCACCGCCAACUCCAAGGAAGGUGUGGGACUGUGGGACAUCCGCAAGCCACGCAGCUCACUGCUGCGCUACGGCGGCAGCAUGUCGCUGCAGAGCGCCAUGAGCGUUCGCUUCAACAGCACGGGCACGCAGCUGCUGGCUCUGCGCCGCCGCCUGCCGCCCGUCCUCUACGAGCUGCACUCGCGCCUGCCCAGCUUCCAGUUUGACAACCAGGGCUACUUCAACUCCUGCACCAUGAAGAGCUGCUGCUUCGCGGGCGACAAAGAUCAGUACAUCCUGUCUGGGUCGGAUGACUUUAAUCUCUACAUGUGGAAAAUUCCCAGGGACCCUGAAGCGGGAGGCCCGGGUCGUGUUGUGAACGGGGCCUUCAUGGUCCUGAAGGGUCACCGCUCCAUCGUGAACCAGGUUCGCUUCAACCCCCACACCUACAUGAUCUGCUCUUCCGGAGUGGAGAAAGUCAUCAAGGUGUGGAGUCCGUAUCAGCAGCCCGACAGCCUUGGCGACCUGGAUGGCCACGUGGAGGACAAGUCCCGCAGCUUGUACACACACGAGGAGUACAUCAGUCUGGUUCUGAACAGCGGUAGCGGUCUGUCCCACGACUACGUGAGCCAGUCCAUCCAGGAGGACCCCCGCAUGAUGGCGUUCUUCGACUCACUGGUGCGGCGGGAGAUCGAGGGCUGGAGUUCUGACUCGGACAGCGACUUGAGCGAGGAGGCCAUCAUGCAGCUCCACGCUCGUGGCCGCCGCUCCGCGCGUGCAACAGCAGCAACGCCGCCCGCGCCCUCGGCUGCCGGUCACCGCAGUGACUCCGACAAUUCCAGCUCCUCCUCCAUAGCCGGACCUGAACCUUCUGGAGGCGAGGAGAGGUCCAGAAGGAGGAGCAGACCUCAACGGCAGCGGUCAGGCUUCCUGGUGAAUGACGACUCGGACUCCAGUGAAUUCUGGCUGGAUCCCAUGCCGCGUCCUCGCUCCCCGAGCCCGCGGGACUACGCCACCCUCUCCAUACCGUCCUCCACGUCCCCGUCGCUCCCAGCCGGGGCCUCCAGCUCCUCGGCUACCACGUCCAGCUCCAGCAGUGAGGACGAGGAGCGGCGCAGUGCGGUGAGGCGCCGCAAUGUGAUGAGGCGGCACCGCCGCAUGCACGUGGCGUCUAGGGCCGGGGAGCGACCGGACUCUGUGCAAGCCUUGUUCUCCGCCAUCGACUCCUGCAGCUACCCGUCCAUCUCAGUGGAUGACCUGACGUCUUCGUCGGGUGAGGAACAGAAGGAGGAGAAACAUCUCAGUCUGGCAGACUUUGUGUGCGCCAGCCCCGUCAUGUCCCCCGCCAGUCAGGACGGGAACCAGAGGACCGAAGGGACGGAGUCCGACUCGCACGGGGCGGCGUGCAGCGGCGUGACUCCGAGUGGCCCAGGAGUCAACGGGCAGCACCGAGCCGCCGCGCCCGGCGACAGUGCCUCCGUUGAAUCGGAGGAAGAUGACGGCACGAUGGCGGCUGAGAGGCUAAAAGCAGGCACACAGAAACGGACCCACGUGGGACCAGAAGAGGGGGACAGUGGGUCGUCGCCCUCGGAGAAGAAGCUGAAAACUUAGCGAGUGCGCUCCUUUGCCACUUUCGUCCUCAUGACCUUUUUUUUUUUUCUGUUGACAGAAACACUCAUGUCACACAAGCUCCGCCCACUGCACCGCAACUAGACUGAUGGAGGACAAAAACAUUUUCUUUUUUUCACAUGUCGAGCGUCCGUGAAGGAUGAUUUUACUUUGAGACAAUGCGGUCAGUGUCUUCUGCUGAGGCAGCCAUCUUCUUUUUCCUUCCAUUAAAAAGGCUCAUUUCUUCUCCCACACUUCCUUCCUUCAGCAUUUCAACCCUCCCCUGAUGAGGUCUCCUUGGGAACUGGCGUCACUCUUGUUUGCCAUACCAUUUUCAUCCUCAAGAGGUGAUAGUGAGACUUAGUAUUUGGACUGUAUUCUCAUAAAAUUACUGGUUUUUCCAUUUCUCUUGCUAACGCUGCUAAAAUUGACUAUAUCUGCCACUAAAAUAACGUUAUAAUAUUACGUUGGUCUCGUAAAAUUGCGACUUUUCCCCCAUUGAACAUCCACUGCUCCCGUGUGACCUUCGUCA